AUGACAGCAACACGUGAAGCCAUCGACGGUCGAGAGGAUGAUGCCUCGUCAAUGCAGAGUGUCCUGCAGGAUCAGACCCUCCAUCUCAUGAAAGUGCUGAAGGAUCAAAACUUGACCAUAGAAGAGGCUAGGUUGGCACUAUUGCUGGUGGAGGAGUUUACUGAUAGGGUCGGGUGUGAGCCUCCUGAAGAUGAGGAGGUCUAUAUCCAAUAUUGGAUUGACCACUACCAGAAUAAAAGAGCGCCCAUGAAGGACGAGCCGGAGUGUAGAGUGCCGGAACGAAUUGACAGAAGGACGGGACUUGAUCUUGCGUAUUGUCUGAAGCGGAAAGAUGUCGUUAGGAUAGUUUAUGGUGUCUUCGCACUACGGAGGGAGGUCAAGUGGUUGGGCCGCCUCCCCCUCCUAUCACCGAAGCCCUGCCGGAGUAUGCAGAUGGAUGCCGGCCCAAGCGUUACCCCACCGACCGUUGAGCCUGUCCUUAAGCCGAUACUAACUGAGGGGAGCUUGACAGCAGCAGCUUUCGGAGGGUCUACGAUAGAAGGUCUGAAUUCCGUAGGGCUAAAUAGUUUGGCGAAGUCGGAGUCCUCAGGAGUUUCAAGGGCGUUGGAUCAGUACACUAGGAUCAUCGACCUCUACAUCGCGUGUGAGGGCAUUCCUGGGAGGCUCGGCAACGACGGCAUUUUGCCAUUGAAGCACCAGUGCUUCUUUGAAGGGGAGUCGAAGCUCAUUCCAGUCGAGGUGGUCGACUUCUUCAAUGCUGUCAAUGACAAAACCAAGUGGGGUCUUAAAGG